AUGGAAUGGCCGACGGCAGAGGAAACAAGGAAUGGGACAGCCGUCCAGGAGUUUAUCCUUGAGGGGCUGCCUGUGGCCGAGCACCUGAGGAUCCUCUUCUUCCUAGUCCACUUGCUGGCCUACUUGGCUUCCCUCAUGGGCAACAUCCUCAUAAUUACCAUCACAUGCAAGGACCACCGACUACAGACCCCCAUGUACUUCUUCCUCAGCACGUUCUCCUUUGUGGAGUGUGGUUUUAUCUCUACUGUUAUCCCCCAACUGCUCGCCAUCAUUCUGUCAGGGAGGCAAACGAUUUCCUUUGUGGCCUGCUUCACGCAGGACUUUGUUGUUCUUUCCCUGGGGGCAACCGUGUUUUUCCUUAUGGCUGUACUGUCUCUGGAUAGGUAUCUGGCCAUCUGCAAACCUCUACAUUAUCCAACCAUCAUGAGCCCAAGGAUGUGCUUCUUUCUUGUUACUGUGUGUUUAGUGUUGGGUUUCCUCUUCAUGGUUGGUCCAGUUGUAAUGCUUUCCCAGUCAUUUUACUGUGGUCCCAAUGUCAUUCCUCACUAUUUCUGUGAUUUUGGACCACUGGCAAGUCUCUCCUGUUCAGAAACCAGGUCUAUUGAGAUGCUGUUUUUUAACCUUGCUUUAAUUGUGCUUUUAACUUCCCUUGUGGUAGCCAUCUUUGCAUACAGCAAUAUAGUGUUCACCAUAGUGCGCCUCCCUUCAACCAGGGAGCGACAGAGAGCUUUUUCCACCUGUUCCUCUCAUCUCAUCGUCCUCUCUCUAAUGUACGGUAGCUGUGUAUUUAUAUACAUGAAGCCAAAGCAGACAAGCAGGCUGGACACCAACCGAGAGGCUGCUCUAGUGAACACGGUAGUCACACCCCUUCUGAAUCCUGUCAUCUACACCCUGAGAAACAAGCAGGUCCACCAGGCUCUGAGGGAUGCACUGUCCAGGGUUCAGUUACACAGAUAUCACAGGAGCAAUGCACCUUCCCUUUGA